AUGAUGGGAAAGGAAAAUGACAGAAAACGGGAAAAAAAAGCUGUGCGGAGUUCAGUGAGAAAAGGGAAGAAAAACAUGGAAGAUGAGAAGCCUAAAAGAAUUAACAAACCUGGAUGGAGUAUAAAGGGAUUGAGCUAUGCUCUCCAGAUUUGGGUGUAUGAAUUAAUUGCUGAAUUGGGAAUUCCCCCCCUUAGAUAUUAUGUUCCUGAAUGUGAUGCACCUAGUGUAGCUUCGCGGGUAUGUAAGGACCUUGAUGAGUUAAACUCUGUUGUGCAGUAUCAUGCAGACGCGAGGAAGACUUGGGAUGCUGGAGAGGAGAGGAAUAAGACUGAGGAUGCUGGAGAGGAGAGUCAAAAGACUGAGGAUGCUGGAGAGGAGAGGAAUAAGAUUGAGGAUGCUGGAGAGGAGAGUGAGAAGACUGAGGAUGCUGGAGAGGAGAGUGAUAAAACUGAGGAUGAUGGAGUAGCCAAAUCGAGAGAACAGUGUGUGGGUUCUGAUUGGACGAUACUGGACACCACUUUUCAGAAAUGUGCUGCUUUGGAUUACAAGCAAAUGAAGGCGUAUGUGGGAAAGGAGGACAGGCAGCACAGCAAGGGUUUACUGGGAAUGGUCAAGGGCGAAGGGCCUAAAACUCAAGCCAUCCAACGGGCUGUGCAGCAGGUGGCAAAAAUGCUGCCCCGGUUGUUAAAGGAAUCUGGAUAUAUUGGUGACGGUCUACUUCUAAAAAUUGAGUGGCCAGUUAUUCGCGUCAUGGAUGCACCCCAACAAGUAGGUUCUUCGCUAUGUUUCAAGGGCGAUUGUGGGAUGUACAUCCUCAAAUACUGCGAGUUUCUAACCUCGAAUGUAGACCUGGCCAAGAUUUCCCAUGACGCCAUGCCCUUCUAUCGGUUGAAGCUCGCUGUACAGUUGUUGCAGGGAUAUUGGUAG